AUGAGGUUAGUUGAUAGGAGAAACAUGCAUCGACCGUUUGGGGGUAAAGUUAUUGUUUUUGGUGGUGAUCCAUGUCAGAUAUUACCAAUUGUACCAAAGGGAACGAGGCAAGAUAUCGUGUUUGCUAUAGUUAAUUCGUCUUACUUGUGGGAUUCGUGUAAGGUCCUAACACUUACUCGCAAUAUGAGACUUCAAUCAGGUUCUUCUACAUCUUCUGCUGAUGAACUGCGAGAAUUUUCAGAGUGGAUACUAAGCGUAGGAGACGGUAAGGCCGGAGGUCCUAAUGAUGGCGAAGCCGUAAUUGAGGUUGCAAAAGAUAUUCUUAUAGAUCCAGGCGUCGAUCCAAUUUCAGCAAUUGUUGAUAGCACUUAUCUAAACCUACAUGACCAUAUUUGGGAAGCUAAAUAUUUCCAUGAAAGAGCAAUUUUGGCGCCUACGAAUGAGAUAGUGGAGAUAGUCAAUGAUCAUGUUCUAUCUACCAUUCACGGAGAAGAGAAAGUGUAUUUGAGUUUAGACGCUAUAAGCAAAGAAGAGGGUAACUUCGGAGUACAUGAAAUAUACUCCACUGAAUUCCUCAAUACGAUAAGAUGA